AUGAUUGUCAACAUGCCCGUCAACGGAACGGGCAGUGCAUCCAGCCCCACAUCGAACCCCAGCACCAACAACAACAACAACAAUAGCAGUACCACCAAUCAAAAUGAUAGCAGCAGUAAUCUUCCCGGCGAUUACAACUUCCUUAAGCGCAAGUUCGACGAUCAGGAGGAGCUGACUUUGGGCCACGACUACGAGCCCAUCGAGGCGAAUCCCUGGAAGAAGCGACACUUGGACUACGAUGCCGGGGAUCUGCAGUUCCACCUGCAGCUGGAACAGCCGCCUAGUAAUCCGCCAGCCAACGCUGCACCCGCCCAAUCCUCAACGUCCUUCAUCAACGAUCUGUUUGCCUAUGAUAGCAGUCUCCUGGUGCCCACCGCCGCCUAUUCGCACUGUCCACCAUCGAGUGCUCCUCUGGAGGACAAUGGUGGUUGGACGGGUGGCGAGCUUCUGGAACUGGACCAUCGCUAUAACUCCGGCUUGCAGGCGGAGCUGGGACAACUGAAUGCCACUCUGCCGCCGACAACGCCAACAUCAUCAUCAGCUCAAAAUGCAUCGAACCAUACGCAGCAGUCCACACAACAGAAUGCCAGUCCUGGACAGAACCCUCACCAGAAUCAACACUUUCUGGUGCCGCAGAAGCAGCGCAUACUGUCGGCGGGCCGACGCACCUCAUCCGGUUCGGGAAGUGGGGCAAAUGAAGCCACCGAGGCGGACUUCGAGGAUAAGAACCUCUCGUGGCUGCUCAACUUUAAGUUCGACGAGUUCCCGCACCUGUCGCCGCACAAUCAGGUACACGGACAGGCGCUCAAUCUGCCGGAGGGCAGUGCUCCCCCACAUCUGCCUCCGACGGCAAUGGCGAUCAGCACGUCGCCCUGCAGUUCCAGCUCGCCCUCAUCCGCCUCCGCCGCAUCCGCAUCCGCCACAAGCACAAAUCAAUCCCUCGGAUCCGGUAUGGUGGAUCAACGGGCCAGAUCGCCCAAGAGCUGCUCCAAUGCAGCAGCGAUGCCAGCGGGAGGUGGAGGGUGCAACGCCUCCGCUGGCGCUUCAGCAGCUGGGGGCGUGGCCGGAGUUGGCUCCACCAAGACUGGGCGCAAGUUCGAGGAGCUAGUGAUGGAGGUCACCUCGGAGCUGGACGGUAACGACAUGAUCGUUGCCGAGCACGUUGUCGUCGAGGAUACAUCGUCCAAGGCGCCAAAGAAACCACCGUUCACCUACACGGAGCUCAUCGAAUACGCCCUCGAGGAUAAGGGUGAGCUGACUGUGUCGGGCAUAUACCAAUGGAUAUCCGAUCGUUUCCCCUACUACAAAUCCAAUGAUGACCGCUGGAAGAACUCCGUUCGACAUAAUCUAUCGAUUAACCCACAUUUUCGGAAGGGAGUUAAGGCGCCCCAAGGAGCCGGUCACCUGUGGGCCAUUUCCAGCGGAGAUUCCGCAGAGAAUGUUCUGGCCUGGGAGCAUAAGAAGCAGCGGCUGGAUUUGUUCUUCAAAAUGGAGUCGAUCAAUCGUGAGCGUAUACAGCAGCAUCAGCAACAGCAGCAACUGCAGCAGCAUCAGCAGCAACACCAGCAGCACUCGCCGCAGCAGCAACAGCAUCCGGCGGCACAGCAGCAACACGUGGCACAGGCCAGUAGUUGCAUGUACGAUGAGGCGGCGGUGGCAGCGGCUACUCUCACCCAGGAGAUGAUGCAGACGUCCAGUGGUGGCAGCACUGAGGGCAACCAGCAGCAGCAGCAUCACCACCACAGCCACCAGAAUCACCACAAUCACAAUCACAAUCAUCACCACCAAAGACUACUGCCCUUCAACGAUCUGCUGAGCGAUGAUGAGCUGCGAAAGACGGCGGGUCAAAUACUGAAUGGCAUCCAUCGCGAGGUGGAGGUGCAGUCGGUCAACUCCAUCAUCAGCACCUACCACGAUGUCCUGUUGGAUAAUGACUAUUUGAAUCCCAUACACAAGGACGUGGUGGUAACGGAAAGUGUCCUACGGCAGCAACAUGGCAGCAACCUGGGCGGCGGCAGUAACAACCAAAUGGGCGGCAAUAGCCACAUGGGGAGCGGCAACUCGCAGUACUACAUCACCGAAAUUGAUCCCAUGGAGCUCGGCAUUCAGAUGUCGCACCAGGUGGAGCCCUCCGAGGAGGAGGUGCUCUUCAGCGACGAGUUCAACCUGAACUACUUUGGCUACAAUCCCGGUAGCGACAUCGUCGCUUGA